UUGAAGAAGUUCUUUGAGUUGUUUGCUUCCUGUACUUUGGGUAAAAGCCUCAUCGUGUUAUUGAAGAUCAACUCCAAAGUCUGCUAUCGAUCUCCCAUUUCCAUUGUACUUGCAAAUACAACCUUCAAAUCUCGGACGAACUUCUUACAGACUCUCAACUUCAGCUGCUGUUUUCGCGUUGUUCAUCUUCGUUGAAUCUGCAGGAGUUGGAGAAAUGCCUAAAGUGAAGACCAGCAAGAUCAAAUACCCAAAUGGAUGGGAAUUGAUUGAGCCAACCCUACGAGAGCUCGAUUCUAAAAUGAGAGAAGCUGAAAUUGAUCCGCAGGAUGGGAAGCGGAAGUGUGAAGCAUUGUGGCCUAUUUUCAAGAUUUCACAUCAAAGGAGUCGAUACAUUUUUGACCUUUUCCACAAAAGGAGUGAAAUAUCCAGGGAGCUCUAUGAGUUCUGCUUAGAACAAGGCUAUGCAGAUGCCAACCUCAUUGCUAAAUGGAAAAAGCCCGGAUAUGAGCGUCUCUGUUGCCUCCGUUGCAUACAGCCCCGGGACCAUAACUUCGGCACGACGUGUGUCUGCCGAGUCCCGAAACACUUGAGAGAAGAGAAAGUGGUGGAGUGUGUGCAUUGUGGUUGCAGGGGAUGUGCCAGUGGGGAUUGAUUUUGUUUCGCAUUGCAAAAGCAUGACUUUAUUUAAUAUCCAUAUUGGAAGCUCACUUGUAUUGAUUGAUGAUAAUCAAAUGUUUCCAAUACUUUUAGUCUCUUGUCCAAGGCAGAUGUGAUCCUCCUUGGACCAUGGAUUUCGUAGUUUUUCUUUUUAUUGACGAUCUAUGAAGAUUUGAACUUCAAGAGGUA